AAACAUGUAAGCAACUACGUUUUUUAAUAAGUUGUCUUCCCCGCACGAUCCAAUCCAUACAUAAAAUAUUCAUUCCCUCUCUACCACACCGACAUGUAUUUGAAGAAAGCAGAGAAAUUUUUUCUAAAUCUGCAAUUAAUAUAAACCCCUUCAAAAGCAUUUUGACUGGUUAUCGUUUCAAAGUUUCAGGGUUGUUGUUUUGAUCACUAGAAGAAGAAGAAGAAGAAGAAAAAAUGGGAAUUGAUGGUAAAGAUGUCUGCUUUAUCAUAUGGAAGAUUCUAAAACUCUCAACGAGUACAACUUUCAGAUACGUGAUGAGAUACCCAUUUGUUUCUGGUGUUUCUGCGUUUAUGAUCGUCUUGUAUACUUUUCUUCCUUUGGUUUUCUAUCUCGUGCUCUGUUCUUCUCCGUUGAUAGCUUAUGUUUGGUUUCAUCCACGGAAUCAUGAUCUGAGUUCAAAGAUAUGUGAUUUACCGGAGGAGGGAGAGAUAACGGAUCGUGGGUUGUCUCAAGACGGAAGAACAGAGAAGGCUGAGUUAAAGCACCAACGAAGUGUUCGACGAAAUGCUCGAAGGAAAGUUGAAGAGGUUGGGAAAGAUUGGGAUUCAUCUCAGGCUAGUGAGGAUGAGAGAGGAAAGGUUAUUCUGAAAACUCUAUAUGGGGAAGUUUUGCCUGAGACAGUCACUUCUGAUCUGGAGAGUUUUAAGAGAGACAGGACGUUGCUUGUUACAGAAGAAAGCUCCUUUGACUCUGACGGUGACAACAAUGGAGAUGUUGUUGUUGUUGAUCCAUUGGAGAGAGUGACGAGUGUUUGUGAUGGUGGUGAUGAAAGUGAAGUAGAAUGUUCAUCAUCAGAAGAAGAGGAAGAGGAAGAAGAAAGGCGUGAAGAUAUAAACAAGGUCGAUGUAGUAGCGUGGACAGAGGAUGAUCAGAAGAAUUUGAUGGAUCUUGGGACAUCUGAGAUGGAACGAAACAAGAGGCUUGAGAAUUUGAUUUCCAGGAGAAGAUCAAAGAGGUUUUUCCUACUUGCAGCUGAAGGAACCUUGAUGGAUAUGGAAGUUCCUCGGAUUUGUAUUGGUCGGAACUUUUACGGUUUCAAUAAAGAAAACUAUGAAAUCGAUGGACUUCUCAUGCCAGGCUCAGCACCUUCCGUUUUAUUACCAAGAAGAAACCCAUUUGACCUUCCUUAUGAUCCACUCGAAGAGAAGCCGAACUUGACAGGAGAUAGUUUCCAUCAAGAGUUUGCUGAGGCUAACCCGAAAGAUAUCUUCUUCUGCCGCCAUGAGAGCUUUCAUCAUAGAGUUCUUCCAUCAGAAUCUCAUAAAGAUUCUAAAUUGACGUCUUUAUGGAGAAAUGCAGUUGAUGGUAGGCCUAGUCCACUGCGAGGUAGCAAUGAUCAACCACCUCUACUGAAAGAAAGAGAUAUUACAGUUAGAAAAGGAAAUGAUAUGGAGGCAGGGGAGGUUCGGAUAGAGACAGAUUCCAUCAGAAACGAUGAUAGUGACUCGAACGCAUCGCUUUCUCCACGUGAAAGAGAGAAAGAUGCCAAUGCCUCGGACCAAUCAGAUGCUUCUGGAACUUUCUGCAAACAAAAUGAUCGUGUUGGAAACUCUCUUGCGGGCUUAGUGCCUAGAAGCAGCGGUUCAAGUUCACUAGCAACAGCAAGGCAAAGAUACAUGGAGCAUUUUGGUUACAGCACAAGAAAAUGUCAUAUGGUGACACAUUCCGUUGACUCUGAUCUUCAAGUUGAGGUUUCUGAACUCGGAUCACCUCCAACUUCAGUUGAUGGUAAUGACUCUGAUUAUGAGAGAUCACUGUUUGUUUAUGAAUCUGACAUCGGAAAGGAAGUGGGUUUCAAUAGUGGGAAUUCUGAAUUCUUACCUGUGAGGAGAGAAAAUGAACAUCUAAAUGAAACAAGUUUUUUAGCUUCUCCAGAGAAUGAAGAAGCAGAAAAAUUGGAGUCCAUGGUUCCUCAACAUAAUGAAGUUUUCUCCAAAAGAGCAGAGGAGUUAAAGGAACUUCCUGAGAGCUCAGCUGAAGAGAUAAAGAUAAGUUAUGACUCUGACGAACCUCAACCAUCUCAUAGAACUGAUCAAGAAUCUGAAGAACCCCGUGAGAGAAAUGAUGGAGAAGAAAUGCAACAAGCUGCGGAAGCUGAAGCUUCUUCUGAUGUAAUCCAUCCUGUAAACUCUGAAGAACCUGCUACUUCUCCAAGAUCAGUGUUACCAGACAUGUUACAUCUAGACCAGGCUCAUUCUGAGGAUCUGGAUCAUACAUCAGUUGGUCAGCUGCAAAAUUUGGAUCCACCAGCUGAAUCAUCUCAUAAUCAAUUAGAUGAACAUUCUGAACAGACUGAGAAAAAUACAGUAGAAACCGUUGGUUCUGAUGACAUGGGAACAAUUCAAGAGAAGCAAGAGGGAUCUGAAGUAACAAACAGUGAUGAGCCUAUAUAUGCAGAAGACCACAGACAGUCCAUUGAUCCACUGGCUGUAGAACUUGAAAACAAUCAAACCGUUGGAAUCAAUCGAUGAAAUGUUCCAAUGCAGAGAAGUUAUUACUUUUACUGAAAUUCAACGAAGAACCAAGUCAUUUUGGUGUAUAAUCAAACACCAAAUAUAGCUGCAGCGACCAAUUUUAUAGUGUUAAUAUCAUAAUAUGCGUACAAAAAAAGCGGCGAAAUUAAUGAUAAGAUGUUUGUGUAGAUAGGAACUUUAUGUUUGUGUUGUAUCAUGAAAUUAAUAAGUAUAGGGAGAGAAUGUAUAGGUUUCUUGUGUAUGCUUUGCUUCCUUAGAACUCACGGCAACUGAGGAGAUCCUCUUGAACA